AUGAGUGAACGACAAUCUAAAUCAACGCAAGACAAACAUGAGCGUAUACUCAACGAGAUUGUAAAGUAUCCCGGUAACGAAUAUUGUGCUGAUUGUGGAUCCAAAAGUCCUCGCUGGGCUUCUUAUUCCUUGGGUGUCUUUCUCUGCAUUCGAUGUGCUGGUAUCCAUCGUAAGAUGGGUACACAUAUCUCGAAAGUAAAAUCAAUCACUAUGGACCAAUGGACUAUGGAACAAAUCGAUAUGAUGCGUAAUUCAGGAGGAAAUAAUACAGUGAAUAGUAGAAUCAAUCCCAAUCCUGGUAAUCAUCCACGUCCUUUGGCAGCAGACGAUGAACAUGCCAUGGAGAGAUAUAUUCGUGCAAAAUGGGAAAAACGUUUGUUUUUGGUUGAUAAUAGAAUCGCACCAUUACCAAAGACACCCACUGCUAACCUCAUCACUCGACUUCAGGUAUUACCAAAAAGAUCCUCUUCAGUACCCAGCGCCUUGACUGAUCCACUUGUAUCUGCCAGUAACAAGCUUAGGGAUAUGGGUUUUCGGGAUGAUUCAAAGAAUAAGCAAGUCUUAAUUCAGACCCAGGGCAACAUUGAAGCCGCCAUUGAAAUUUUGACAAGAAUAGCUCAGCAACCCUUUGCAUCUCAGCAAUCCAUCAUAUCCCAAUCACCUCAACAGCAACAAAUACAACAACAACAACAGUCAGCUGUUUAUAUGACAGACGAUCAAAAGAACGAGCAAUUGGUUCGAUUAGGGUUCUCCGAUAAAUCACAGAAUUUAGAUGCACUUCGCCGUGCGGGUGGAAAUACAGAUAUUGCCAUCACCAUCUUGAAUGAGACAAAGCAACAAGGGCUUGCUGGUCAAGUCUCACAACAACAACAACAACAACAACAACAACAACAACAACAACAACAACAACAACAACAGAUAAACUUUAGAUCCAAUUCUGUGCCUGUAUUACCAACCAGUAACAAUUUUUUGAUCGAUGUGGAUAGUACGCCAGUGAUGAGUAGUGGUGUACAUAAUCCGUUUGCGGCUAAUCCUCAGCAGCAGCAAAUGGUUCAGUUCCAGCAAAUGCAGCAGCAACAGAUGUUACAACAACAGCAACAGAUUUUACAACAACAGCAGCAGCAACAACAACAGCAACAACAACAGCAACAACAACAACAACAACAGCAGCAACAGCUUCAACAGCUUCAACAGCAACAACACCAUCAAUACCAACAGCAACAGCAACAACAGCAACAACAGCAGCAACAAAUGUUUAAUAAUCCUUUCGGUAUGACGGCCACAUCUUCUCCGGGACCAGUAUUCAAUAACCAAAUCCAGACAGCUUCGAAUCCGUUUUCUCAAAUGACUAGCUCGCCAUAUUCUACCGUAACAAGUAAUAACACAUCUUAUUUCCAGCCCACUCUGACCGAGCCACACCUCAUGUUUAAUAACCAAAAUAAUCAACCACAGCAAUUACCCUUUAAUCAUUGGCAAUAG